AGAGCUGGCUCUUUUAGGCCCAGCCCCCUUCAUCUUUCCCUUCCCACCGGUCUCUCUGGGUCUCAAAACUUGUCUGGAUUCUGGGGAUUAAAGAAAUCAGAAACCUCUGCUGAAUUUUGGAUUAGGGUUUUUGUGGAAGCACAAGUAAAGAAGGAAGAGGCAGAGUUGGGUGGAGAAUGAGUGCCUCCAGGUUCAUAAAGUGUGUCACAGUUGGGGAUGGAGCUGUGGGAAAAACCUGUAUGCUCAUCUCCUACACCAGCAACACUUUCCCCACGGAUUAUGUGCCAACUGUGUUUGACAAUUUCAGUGCAAAUGUUGUUGUCGAUGGGAACACCGUUAAUUUGGGGUUGUGGGAUACUGCUGGGCAGGAAGAUUACAAUAGAUUAAGACCAUUGAGCUACCGUGGGGCAGAUGUAUUCCUACUUGCAUUCUCUCUCAUAAGCAAGGCCAGCUAUGAAAAUGUUGCCAAGAAGUGGGUUCCUGAGUUGAGGCAUUAUGCACCUGGUGUUCCAAUUAUUCUUGUUGGAACUAAGCUCGAUCUUCGAGAUGACAAGCAGUUCUUUGUAGAUCACCCUGGUGCAGUGCCAAUUACCACAGCGCAGGGAGAGGAACUAAAGAAGCUGAUUGGGGCUCCGGUUUACAUAGAAUGCAGUUCAAAAACACAGCAGAAUGUGAAAGCAGUCUUUGAUGCAGCCAUUAAAGUGGUUCUCCAGCCACCAAAGCAGAAGAGAAAGAAGAGAAAGGCACAGAAGGCCUGCUCUAUAUUGUGAUUUGUGAUUGUCAGAAGAAAGUGCGACCAAUUAGCCAUUUAUCCAUUUAUCUUUCUCAGCCCCUGUGCUAUCUUUUUCCGCCUGGAGGAAGCCACAGGCUGGGAAUUGUAGUUGCGACUGACAGGUGUAGGAGCACUCUUUACGUAUGCAUCAAGUUCUUUGUUUGUGCUGUCCUUGCAGUGUUCUGAUUUGUAUAUUAGUGCUUUGCAUUACGAUGUUAGUAACAUGCAGAAACCUCUUCUCUUCGGGUUUGAUUUCCCUAAUGUAUUGUCUCUAUAUAGUACUGAAAUUCUACUUUUUAAGCGACGAUAAUAUCCACAUCGUGUAAUCUGAUUUAGUACACUUCAAAAUUCAAGAUUAUGUAUAUGUAUUAUAAGAAUCAUGAUAAUUUUUCUUGCAGCCUUGAA